AACCCUAAUCAGGAGCUCCCGCGUCCGUGCCAUUCUUUCUUCUCUUUCUCUCACACGCCCAGUGCAGAGUGCUCAUCACCAUCUUCAUCGGCGACGACACCGCCAGGAACAUCCGAACAAGCAUCAAGUUCAUUGGUUUCACCUCUCUUUCAAUCCCUUUACUUUGGAAAUCCCGUUUCUGAGGUGCUGUCCACCAAUUGUUCAUUGGUUAUCCUUCUGUCACUUUCAACUGGGUGAGAACCAUUUGCCAUACAACACUUCUCUUCUCAACCCCCUCUUUUUUGUGAAAAAGAAUGAGGAAGCUAAAGUUCCAUGAAAAGAAGCUUUUGAAGAAGGUAAAUUUUUUGGAAUGGAAGAGAGAAGGUGGUCACAGAGAGAACUUGGUUAUGCAACGCUACCACAUUACUGGACGGGACGAUUACAAAAAAUAUUCAGGUUUAUGCCAUAUGGUUCAGAAGUUAGUUAACAUAGUGAAACAGAUGGACGCAAAGGAUCCUUUUAGGGUUGACAUGACUGACAAGCUUUUGGAAAAACUCUACAACAUGGGCGUGAUUCCAACCAGGCAAAGCAUCACACUAUGUGAACGCUUAACUGUGUCAUCCUUCUGUAGACGUAGGCUCUCAACUGUUCUGGUGCGAUUAAAAUUUGCUGAACACUUGAAAGAAGCUGUCACGUACAUUGAGCAAGGGCAUAUAAGGGUUGGUCCAGAGACGGUGACAGACCCGGCUUUCCUUGUAACUAGGAACAUGGAAGACUUCAUUACAUGGGUGGAUUCAUCCAAAAUAAAGAGAAAGGUGCUUCAGUACAAUGACAAAUUGGAUGACUAUGAUUUAAUGAAUUAAGUUGAAGGCUAAAUGUCAGCUUAUUGUUGUUUGCUUUCAAAAUAUGAAAUCUGGGAUGAGUUUUUUUUUCCUUGGGGGCGGUGGUUUAGAUAGGCUUGGAUUUUAAUGGGAUUGUUUUAAGUUUUAAAUUCAUACCAGAUUAAGUUGAUGAAGAUGUAAUGAACCUGGAAAUUAGUGAAUCAGUAUUUAAAAUUAUUCUGCAUUUUUCCAA